CUCUCCAGACACCCACAAACGCUGUGCAGCACCUGCUACGCCGCGCAUCUGUGGUGCCAACAUGACUGGCUGUGGACGGUUGCUGGCUCUACUCUCUCUGGCAGCUCUGGCAGGAUGCUCCAGCGGUGCUGCCGAGCCGACGGAGAGGAACUGCUCCGUGAUUCCACCGCACAUCCCCAGCACGGCUCAGAACACAACCCUGCGGCUGCAGGAAUUGAGAGAGCUGAUGGUUCCCUGGAAUAUCUCUGCCUACAUUAUCCCGGGCACUGACGCUCACCUGAGCGAGUACAUCGCUCCAAGUGACGCCCGGCUGGCCUUCAUGACGGGCUUCACAGGCUCUGCAGGGACAGCAGUCGUCACUCGAGACAGAGCCGUCCUGUGGACAGACAGCCGGUACUGGCUUCAAGCUGAGAGAGAGAUGGACUGCAACUGGGAGCUGGAGAGAGACGCAUCUUCUCAGAGCGUGGCUAAAUGGCUGAUCGCUGUGCUACCAGCAGACAGCCUCAUCGGCUUUGAUCCUUUCCUCUUCUCGCUCAAGGUCCAUGAAAGCUACACCAACACUUUGGAGUUCAGCCAGCGCAGCCUCAAGUCAGUGCCUGAAAAUCUGGUGGACAUCGUGUGGAAGGACCGGCCCCUCAUUCCAAGUGGCGGCGUCAUGCGUCUGCCCGACAAGUUCAUACAGCGGACCUGGCAGCAAAAAGUGGGGGAAAUGCGUGAGGUGAUGAAGUACGAUCCAUACAAGCCCACGGCGCUUCUGCUGUCGGCUCUGGAUGAAACUGCAUGGCUCUUUAACAUGCGGGGGGAAGACAUCCCAUACAAUCCCUUCUUCUAUUCCUACACACUGCUGACUGAGGACAAGAUCUGGCUUUUCCUGCACACAGAAAGAAUAUCAGAGGAACUGAGGAACUACCUGUCAGCCUCCUGUGAUGGACCCCUGUGUGUGCAGCUGAAAAGCUACGACUCCUUUCUGAAGGAGUUUAAAGUGUAUGUGAAUGAGCCUGGAAGCAAAGUAUGGAUCGGCACCGAGUACACUAACUAUGCUGCUUACGAGGUCCUGACUCCGGACACACUGGUGACCAGCAGCUACUCACCUGUGCUGAUCGCGAAAGCAGUGAAGGACGAGAAGGAGCAGCAGAUACUGAGGAAUGCUCACGUGAGAGAUGCGAUUGCAGUCAUCCAGCUGCUCAUGCGACUGGAGAAGACGGUUCCUGAGGGCAAAGAGACAGAGAUGACCGCCGCACUCUACGUCAACGAGUGUCGCAGCAAACAGAAUGACAACAGAGGCCCCAGCUUCGCCACCAUCUCUGCCAGCGGACCCAACGCCGCGCUCGCUCACUACUUCCCAACCAACGAAACCAGCAGGAAGCUGACGGUCGACGAGAUGUACUUGGUGGAUUCUGGAGGCCAGUAUCUAGACGGGACCACUGACAUCACCCGCACGGUUCACUGGGGAACCCCGACCGCGAGGCAACAGGAAGCUUUCACCCGAGUGCUCAUGGGAAAUAUUGAACUGUCCAGAACCAUUUUCCCGACAGGUACAAGAGGAAUAAACAUGGAGAUGUUGGCCCGGCGGGCUCUGUGGGAGGUGGGCCUGAACUAUGGGCACGGCACCGGGCAUGGUGUCGGGAACUACUUUGGAGUUCACGAGUGGCCAGUUGGUUUCCAAGGAAAUAAUAUUCCAUUUAGUCCCGGCAUGUUUAUGUCUAUAGAACCAGGUUAUUACAAAGAGAAUGACUUCGGGAUCCGGAUCGAAGACAUAGUUGAGACCGUGCCAGUACAAACCAAGUAUGGUCGGGAUUUUUUGACCUUUGAAAUAAUCUCACUGGUUCCAUAUGACAAAAAGCUGAUUGAUGAUUCCCUUCUGUCUCCAGUGCAGCUGCAGUGGCUGAACAAGUACUACAAAAAAAUCCGGGAGAUUCUGAGUCCUGAACUGGACAGCCAAGGUCUGAAGGAGGAGAAGGCCUGGAUGAUGAAAAACACAGAGCCCUUCCCGGAGUCCGGCUCCUCCGCGGCCGUCUCGUCCUCCUCACUGGUCCUGCUCUCUCUGGUUCUAGUUCUCCUGCAGAACGUUGUCUGAGGGACUCAUGUCACUUCUCUUUUUACUGAAGACUUGCACUCCGAUCUUACU